AUGUUAAGCAAGUCUCUAGCAUUUGCGCCGGCGAUGGCUGAUGCUCCCUCUGCUCGUUCGGCUACAAUGCAUCCUUAUCCCGCCACGUACGUAGCAGUGAUCGGUGCUGGUGCCAGCGGCUUGGUGGAGGCACGUGAGCUCCGGCGGGAAGGUCACACUGUCGUCGUCUUCGAGCGAGGAGACCAAAUCGGUGGCACUUGGGUCUACACUCCAGAAGUGGAGUCGGACCCAGUUGGGAUUGACCUUGAUAGAACCAGGGUCCACUCGAGCAUGUACCAGUCUCUCAGGACCAACCUUCCAAGAGAGAUCAUGGGGUUCCGGGACUAUCCAUUUGUGGCCAAGGAAGGAGAUGAAGAGAGAGACCCGAGAAGGUAUCCGGGUCACAGAGAGGUGUUGACGUAUUUGAAGGACUUCGCCAGCGAGUUUGGGAUUUCUGAGAUGGUAAGGCUUGAGAGUGAGGUGGCGUUCGUGGGUUUGGUGGAGGGUGGCAAGUGGAUGGUUAAAUCCAAGAGCAAGACAAGUGAGUAUACGGAAGAGAUUUACGAUGCUGUGGUUGUUUGUUGUGGGCACUAUAAUAAUCCUCGUGUUGCAGAAAUUCCAGGUAUCACUACAUGGAAAGGGAAGCAAAUUCACAGCCACAACUAUCGGACUUCUGAGCUGUUUCGAGAUCAGAUUCACUAUAUGCAGAUGGAAAAAUUGGCUAAACACUGAGUUGUAAUCAAUCGGCAAUUGGGGCUGGCUUUGCCAAUUGGUACUUGGUUGGAUGGAGUAUGGGAUAAAUCCAACAGAUUGGGACUGUCAACGGCAACUAUGGAAGGGUAGAACUGGAGGUGAUCAAGGGUUUAGAACUUCAUCUUGUUGCCAAUGUAAUCUUUUUGUAUAAAGUUAGUUUAUGAUGUAACUUGAAGUCACUUUAAAUGAUAUUUUUCUUUUCUAGUUAGUUCUGGGUACCAAUAUCAAUUGUGAGUUCAUUCUAUGUUACUGUUUGAAUUCUGAUUAAUGGAAUAAUAAAAUUAGCAAAAUAA